AUGCUGCCCUCGUCUCAGCCCAAGAUGAAGAUGGCCGGACUCCGGCACAUGUUGCAGCUGGCUAGCGGUCAGGUGGAAGUGCUAGAGGCUUUGCAUAAGCUUGAUGCUGCCCUCGUCUCAGCCCAAGAUGAAGAUGGCCGGACUCUGGCACAUGUUGCAGCUGCUAGCGGUCAGGUGGAAGUGCUAGAGGCUUUGCAUAAGCUUGAUGCUGCCCUCGUCUCAGCUCAAGAUACACAUGGCGUGACUCCGGCACAUUUUGCAGCUGAUUGCGGUCAGGUGGAAGUGCUAGAGGCUUUGCAUAGGCUUGAUGCUGCCCUCGUCUCAGCCCAAGAUGAAGAUGGCCGGACUGCGGCACAUGUUGCAGCUGGUAGCGGUCAGGUGGAAGUGCUAGAGGCUUUGCGCAAGCUUGAUGCUGCCCUUGUCUCAGCCCAAACUAAGGAUGGUCGGACCCCGGCGCAUGUUGCAGCUGGUAGCGGUCAGGUGGAAGUGCUAGAGGCUUUGCAUAAGCUGGAUGCUGGCCUCAUUGAUGCUGUCCUCGUCUCAGCCCACGAUGAAGCUGGCUGGACUCUGGCACUUUUUGCAACUACAGGCGGCCACGUGAAAGUGCUAGAGGCUUUGCAUAAGCUUGAUGCUGCCGUCGUCUCAGCCCAAGAUGAAGAUGGCCGGACUCCGGCACAUGUUGCAGCUGCUAGCGGUCAGGUUGAAGUGCUAGAGGCUUUGCAUAAGCUUGACGCUGCCCUCGUCUCAGCCCAAGAUGAAGAUGGCCGGACUCCGGCACAUGUUGCAGCUGCUAGCGGUCAGGUGGAAGUGCUAGAGGCUUUGCACAAGCUUGAUGCUGCCCUCGUCUCAGUCCAAGACAAACAUGGCUUGACUCCGGUACUUGUUGCAGCUGGUAGAGGGCAGGUGGAAGUGCUAGAGGCUUUGCACAAGCUUGAUGCUGCCCUUGUCUCAGCCCAAGAUGAAGAUGGCUUGACUCCGGCACUUGUUGCAGCUGGUAGCGGUCAGGUGGAAGUGCUAGAGGCUUUGCAUAAGCUUGAUGCUGCCCUCGUCUCAGCCCAAGACAAACACGGCUUGACUCCGGCACUUGUUGCAGUUGCUAUCGGUCAGGUGGAUGUGCUAAAGGCUUUGCAUAAGUUUGAUGCUGCCCUCGUCUCAGCCCAAGCUGAAGAUGACCGGACUCCGGCACAUGUUGCAGCUGCUAGCGGUCAGGUGGAAGUGCUAGAGGCUUUGCAUAAGCUGGAUGCUGGCCUCAUUGAUGCUGUCCUCGUCUCAGCCCACGAUGAAGCUGGCUGGACUCUGGCACUUUUUGCAACUACAGGCGGCCACGUGAAAGUGCUAGAGGCUUUGCAUAAGCUUGAUGCUGCCGUCGUCUCAGCCCAAGAUGAAGAUGGCCGGACCCUGGCGCAUUUUGCAGCUGCUAGCGGUCAGGUGGAAGUGCUAGAGGCUUUGCAUAGGCUUGAUGCUGCCCUCGUCUCAGCCCAAGACAAACAUGGCUUGACUCCGGCACAUUUUGCAGCUGAUUGCGGUCAGGUGGAAGUGCUAGAGGCUUUGCAUAGGCUUGAUGCUGCCCUCGUCUCAGCCCAAGAUGAAGGCACAUGUUGCAGCUGGUAG